AUGUUCAAAAUUUUUGUUCUUUGCUUCGUUGUUGUGGCUGUUAGUGCACAAGAACGGGGGUAAGUAUACUGUAAUUUCAAAACUUGUUUUCAACGUUGUAGUAAUACGCGUAUAGUGUAUUGCAGCUCAUAGUUUGCUAGAUUUAAAAAUUUUUAGUAUCAAAAAAUCAAAGCGCGUGGCAUAUGCUGGCAAGCUGACUUGUGAUGGAGGUGGCCUUCAUACCAUAGAUCCUGUGGUACGUUUGAAACAUAUUGUAGUAGACAAUCUUAUAACUAGUAGAAAUCAAGAUAUUAGGAUUACUAAUCUCAAUUUGUGGUACUAAAGGUAGUACAAAUCAAAAAUAAGCAGUGCUUAGAAACAGUACAAAGCAAAGAUUGAUUAGUACUAGUACUAAAUCAAUAUUAUUCAGGAAGUUCGUCUGUACGAAAAGCAUUUUGGAAAACAUGCCGUUGUUAAUAAGGAUCGACUCUUGAGUUCAGUCAAAGCCAGCCCAGACGGACAGUAUCAAAUCGGUGGCAUAGGCAAAUAUAUCGUGGAUCUUCAUACUUAUCUUGAAGUGUAAGUUGUAAUAACCCAACACUCUAGCCCAAAGCCCUAAUCCAAAAACCUAGUCCAGAGCUUUAGUCCAAAACUCUAGUCCAGAGCCCAGAGUCCAGAGCCCAGAGCCUAGAGUCCAGAGCUCAGAGCCCAGAGCCCAGAGCCCAGAGCCCAGACCUCAGAGCCCUAGCCCAAGUCCAUGUCCUAGCCCAGAGACCCAGCUUUAGAUUUAGCUCAAUGCCCUAGUACUAGCCUUGGCUUUAGGCCUUGCCCUAGGUGUAUCUCUACUCCUAGAUGUAGGUGUUGUUUCAGCUCUAGCGCUAGCCACAGCUGUAGGUCUUGUCCUAACCGUUUCCUUACUAUAGCCUUAUCAUUUUCUUUGCUUUAGUCUUACUUUUUCUUACCCUGGCUUAUUUAACCCAUACCUUUGUCCUACUGAAACCUUACUCAACGCUAUUCUAAUAUAAUCUUUUUUAGAUACCACACCUGUGGUGGCGCUUGCCGUAAGAUUGAAUUGACUUCCGAGAAGAACGUUUCCUCCGUCGAACUUCUGAAUAAAGGAAGUGAUUGUAAACAAGCAUAA